AUGGCGGCUGGGGGCCACGUGGUCUGCGAGCCGGGCUGCCACGUCUCACCCUUGCCUUUCCCCUCCCUCUCCCUUUUGUUUCUGCAGGAUGACAGUGAUGGAAUCCCGUGGUCAGAGGAGCGGACGGUGCGCAAGGUGCUGUACCUCUCCCUCAAGGAGUUCAAGAGCGCGCAGAAGCGGCAGAUGGACGGGGACGGAACCACAAACCCCGACGGUUCCUUGACAAAUGGACAGCUGAACGGCUCGGGGUCAAAGGGCGGCCACAAGGAAGAGCGCUCCAAGAGCCUGGAUGGGAGCAACAAGUACUCAGAGGACGGCCCCGCGAAGAAGAGGCCUCGGCUCCAGGCCCAGAGGAAGUUCGCCCAGUCCCAGCCCAACUCCCCCAGCACCACGCCCGUCAAGGUGGCCACCGAGGGGGGCUCGGCGCCGGCCAGCCUGCCGCUCGCCCCGCCCCCCUCCUCCUCCUCCUCGUCCUCCCUCUCCUCCCUGUCCUCGCUCUGCCUCUCCUCCUGCGCCUCGGCCUCGGCCUCGGCCUCCACCGCCGUCUCCUCCGCCCCCGCCUCGGCCCCGGCCUCCACCUCCGCGGCCUCCGCCGCCGCCGCCUCCAUCCAGGAGCUGACCCGGCGCAAGCCCAAGACGGAGGACUUCCUCACGUUCCUCUGCCUGAGGGGCUCUCCGGCCCUCCCCAGCCACAUGGCCUACUUCGGCAGCUCUCAGGACGAGGAGGACCUGGAGGACAACUGCGGGGAGACGCGGGAGGAGCCCGUCAGGAGGAGCCAUUACCACGGCAACGGCCCCUACGCCUCCUACACCUCCUCCUCCUCCUGCCAGUCCACCCCGCGCAAGGGCAAGACCCCGGGCAGACAGCCCCUCAACGGACACGUGUUCAACGGGCACGGGAAGGCGGGCACCAGGGAGAGCCCGCGGGGGCCCAAGGCCGGGUCCGUCCGCCGCGAGCCGAUACGCCCGCCCCCCCCUCCGCCGCCGCCCCCCCUGCUGAGGGAGCGCAGCGAGCGGGCCGAGGCGCGGGAGCAGACCCGGGAGCAGCACGCCCGGGAGCAGCAGGCCCUGGCCAGCGCCCGGAGUGCCAACGGGCUGUCGGCCCGGGGGCGGGCCGCCGAGGAGCUCCGCAAGCAGGCCUCCAGAGUGAACGGGCUGACGCGGGGCUCCACGGCGGGCGCCAAGAAGGGGCGGGACUUCCGGCUGCCCGCCCGAACUGUGAAGAAGUACACGGCCACCGUGUCCAAGGGCCACGUCACCUACACCAAAGCCAAGCAGCGGGACCUGGGCAAGAAAACCAAACAGCUCAGCAGCAGCAAACACAGCAACGGCAGCGGGGCCGCUGCCCACAAUCACAGCCACAAUCAGCACAGCCAGCCAGCAGCCGGCCCCCCGCCGGCCCACUCAGGGAGAGCCGCGCCAGCGGCGGCGGCGGCGUCCACGGCGCCGGCCCACCACAGCAAUGCAAAAACCCGCAAACAGGUGCUAAUGUCCAACGGGGGGCUGCUGCACAAGGUGGCCGCGGGCACCCGCCUUAACGGCCGCCUCAACGGGCAGCGCCACAACUACCAGGCCCAGGCUCAGGCGCAGGCCGACAGCCAGGGCCGGGAGGGCCGGGAGGGGCGCGAGGGCCUGCGCCACUCCAAGAGGCGGCUGGAGUCGUCGGGCGGCGGCGGCGAGGCCAAGAGGUCCGGCGCGGUCGCCACGACGACCGCCACCACCACCGCCGCCAUCGCCGAGGCCAAGAAGGUCAAGCUCCAGGCCCCUCCCCUGGAGACGCGUAGCAACAGCAGCACGGGCCGGAAGGCGGGCCUGCAGGAGAAGGCCGCCGCCCCGUUGGCGCCGGUGACCAACGGACACGCCCCCGAGCCCACCGCCGCCACGGCGCCCUCCGCCCCGGUCGCCCUGCCCUCCACGCCCCCUCCCCGACAGAGCCCGCCCCCCUCCUCACCAGCAGCCAGCACGGAGCCAAUCAACACGCGGCCCAAGCGGGCAUCGGCGGGCAAGCUGAUGUUGAUCCGACAAGCACAGCAGCAGCAGCAGAGCAGGUCUCACGCUCGCAGCGCCUCCUCCUCCUCCUCCUCCUCCUCGUCCUCCUCCUCUUCCUCGUCGUCCUCGUCCUCCUCCUCUUCCUCCUCCCCCGCCCCGGGCCACAACCCGGGGCGCGCCGGCACUACCUCAGACCCCCAGCACCCGGCGGCGGCCGCCUCCCCCUCCCUCUCCACCUCCUCCCCCUCCUCCUCCCGGACGGGCCUGCACGCCGGCCCCCCCGGCCCGGGGGACCGCGAGCGCGAGUGGGAGCGGGAGAAGGAGCUCUCCCGGCAGCAGGAGGGCGAGCCGGACCGGGAGCGCCGGCGGAGCCGCCCCGAGGGCUGGCCGUCGCUGAGCGCGGCGCCCGUCCUGCGGCCGGGCUCGCAGGAGUUCCAGGACCCCCUGGUGUACCUGGCGGCGGUGCGGGAGCGGGCGGAGGGCGCGGGGCUGUGCCGCGUGGUGCCCCCCCCCGACUGGCGCCCCGAGUGCAAGCUGAGCGAGGAGAUGCGCUUCGUGACGCAGGUGCAGCGCGUCCACAAGCUGGGCCGGCGCUGGGGGCCCAACGUGCAGCGCCUGGCCUGCAUCCGCAAGCACCUCAAGGCCCAGGGCAUCCGCAUGGACGAGACCCCCGUCAUCGGCGGCUGCGAGGUGGACCUGGCCCGCUUCUUCCAGCUGAUCAACGACAUGGGCGGCAUGCAGCAGGUGAUGGACCUGAAGAAGUGGAACAAGCUGGCCGACCUGCUGCGCAUCCCGCGCUCGGCCCAGGACCGGCUGGCCAAGCUGCAGGAGGCCUACCUGCAGUACCUGCUCUCCUACGACUCGCUGGGCGCGCCCGAGCGCCUGCGGCUGCACGCACAGGUGCUGCGCGAGAAGCGCAAGCUGGAGGCGCGCCGGGGCCCCCUGGAGGCCCACGCCGACCCCCUGCUGGCGGGGCCCGGCGGGGGCCUGGUGCUGCUGCCGCGCUACGAGCCCAAGAACGGGCUGGCGUGCGGGCUGGUGGCGGGCGCGGCCGGGGCGGGGCACCGGCGCGGGGCGGCGGCGGCGGCCUGUCGUCGACUGCAGGAGCUGGAGGCGCAGGUGAAGGCGGGACGGCGCCGGCUCUUCACUCAGGAACAGCAGAGCGGGCGGGAGGAGGAGGAGGAAGAGGAGGAGGAGGCCUUGUGUGGGGAGGAGGAGGAGGAUGAAGAGGAGGAGGAGGAGGAAGAGGAUGCAGGUGUUCUCAGCGACCAGCACAAGUGUAUUUACAAGGGGAAAUCUAUGUCUCUGACCAACUUCUUCAGGAUAGCUCGGAACACCAUGACCAUGUGCUUUAACAAGGACCCCGGGGAGGCCGAGGUGGAGCAAGAGUACUGGAGGAUCGUGGAGCAGAGGGACUGCCACGUCGCAGUGCAUCAUGGGAAGGUGGACACCAGUACUCACGGGAGUGGAUUCCCAACGGGGAAAUCAGAGCCAUUUUCAAAACACGGAUGGAACCUCACCGUCCUCCCUAACAACUCUGGAUCCAUUCUGAGGCAUCUGGGUGCUGUACCCGGGGUGACCAUUCCCUGGCUGAACAUUGGCAUGGUCUUUACUACCUCAUGCUGGUCUCGAGACCAAAACCGCCUUCCAUACAUAGAUUACCUACACACUGGUGCUGACUGCAUUUGGUAUUCUGUCCCUGCGGAGGACAAGGCCAACCUGGACAAGGUGGUCCACACGCUGCUCCAGGCCAACGGCACGCCCGGGCUGGACAUGCUCGAGAAGAACAUCAUGAUCUCCCCGGAGGUUCUGUGUCGUGAGGGCAUCAAGGUGUAUCGCACGGUGCAGCGCUGCGGGGAGUUCGUGGUCUGCUUCCCCGGGGCCUUUGUGUCCAAGGUGUGCUGCGGCUACAACGUGUCGGAGACGGUGCACUUCGCCACGCCGCACUGGAUGGACCUGGGCUACCAGGCCGCCAAGGACCUGAAAUGCCGUCGCAUCGCUAAGCCCUUCUCCAUGGAGAAGCUGCUGUACCAGAUCGCCUCGGCAGAGUCCAAGAGGGACAACGGCCUCCUGCUCAACACCAUCGCUGCCCUACUCAAAGACCUCAGGAACAUGGAGAUGCGCCAGCGGGAGGAGCUGUUCCAGGCGGGCCUGCUGUCGUCGGCGCGCUACGGCACCCACGACGGCAGCCUGGGGCCCACCGAGAGCCGCAAGAAGCCGCGCGGGAAGUGGCUACCGCUGGAGUCCUCCGAGAGACGCUGUCAGACCUGCCUGCACCUCUGCUACCUGUCCAUGGUGGUCCAGGAGACGGACAACGUGGUCUUCUGUCUGGAGUGUGCCCUGCGCUACGUGGACAAGCACAAGUCCUGCAGAGGCCUCAAGAUGAUGUACCGAUACGACGAGGAGCAAAUCAACAGCUUGGUGAACCAGGUGUGCGGCAAGGCCCUGGGGAAGAGCAGCGGAGGCGUGGGGGUCGGUGGAGCAGGCGGGGGUGGAGGAGGAGGAGGCGGGCUGGUGGUGGUGGGGGGAGACCUCCGCCACAGCCCCAGCCAGGGGGUCAAAGCCUCUCCGGCCAAGCGGGGGCCUCGCAAGCGUGCCACGGUGGAGGUGUCCCUCUCUCGCCUCAGCUCUGCCCACAUGCCCAAGGCGGCGGCGGCCGUGUCCUGAGUGACCCCUGAACCCCCCCCCCCCAUUCAUCGCCCCUCGCCCACGCCCUGCAUAAGCCCCCCCUCUUGCC